GAACAUGGUUUGCAAAAUAUAUUUGGCAAUCUGUUUUCAGAGAAUCAUAGACAGCUAGAUACUAGAUUAGUUUGUUACUAAAAUUAAUCUGUAUUUUCAACCCCUGCUCCUGCUUUGUUAAGCUCUCGUGGGUAGAUCCUUACAAUGGUGAAUGCUUCCUUGAGAGAGGAUAGUCCUUCCAGCUCUGAAAGAGAUAAGAGUCUCCACCUCAAAAAAACCACUGCUGGAUCCCUGUGAUUUGAACAAUUUUCAUCCUGUCUCCAGACUUUUCUUAGGAAAAAAGGGAGAAUGUGAUCAGAAUACAGCUUCAAAGGUGGCAAUCAGGUUUCAGAACCUGGUACAGUACUGAAAAAAUACUUGGUCAUCCUUGAUUUGUGGCAGAUCUAGGGUGGGGGUAGUGUAUCCAUCCUGGCCCUUGGUGACUUUACAGCUUUUCAUACUAUUCAUGGUGUCCUGGUCAAGUUUAGAGUUUGGUUAUAGAGAGCACUAUGUUUCUGUGGUUCUUCCUCAAAGUCUGAAGGUUCCAGUCAGUUUGAGGGCAGAGUCAUGUCCUAGAUCCCUGCUUUGAAGAGUGCCACAGGGCUCUCCCCCCUUCUUUUUUAAUAUCUACAUCAAGGCCCUAUCACUUGUUGAUAUGGAAGGACAGACUCAGCUCAACCUACCAGGACAGUGACUGUGGGGCCCCCAUAGGACCUGGGCUGGAGAUAUUUCAACUUUGAAUGGGGUUGUACUACCCUGCUUGGAUUCCACAUGCAAUUUUGUAGUUCUCCUAGACUCGUAGCUACUGUAUAUAUGUGAUAUCUGUGAGCACAGAGAUUUUUACAUAACUCUGUCUUGUACACCAUUUGUAUCUUUUCCUGGACUGCUUCCAGUCAUUCAUCCUUAGUCUUUCCUGAGUGAAUUACUGCAACCUGUUCUACCUGGGGCUGCCCUAUGAAGACUAUUUGGAAUGUAGCUAUGCAGGUAGUUAAAGGCAUUCCUCAUUAUACUCGUGACACCACAAGAUGCAUUGGCUCUAUAUAGAGUUCUAGUUGCGAUUCAAAGUUCUAGUUGUCACCUGUAAACCACUGUGUGGCAUUGGACUGCAUUUUUCCAAUGGUAUCUGCCUAUCCCACGUGUUCCAACAGAAAGGGCCCAAGAUGAAACAAUGCCAUCUUGUGGGACCUUGGACGCAUGCCCUCUCAGCAGUGGCCUCUAGCCUUUGGACUUGUCUUUCUCCUCCUGGUACACCAAUGGCCUCAGCCCUGCAAGCUUUAGAAAGGUUAAGAUCUGGCUUUUCUCCUAGCUCUUGGGACAAGAGGAGCAGAUUUUCCAUUUGGUGGGAUACAACAAGCUUUUUUUUAGAUCACCAUUUAAUUGUUCUGCAGUAUUUUAUUUUAAUGGUAUGUUGUUUCUUUUGUUUUGAGUUGUGUAGUUGUACAACUGUCAUAAAGGAAACUAUUUUAGACUAGAAGCAGAGCAGAAAAGGCAAGAAUUCGAAUCUUGAUUUCACUGUAAAUAAUCCUUGCAAUUUCUGGAAUUCUUCUUAAGUAAUAGUUGAUGGCUGGCUUUUCUAUGAUAUUUCAUUUAUCUGAAGUCUUUUUCUUUGUCCUUGACUGCCCAUUUGUCAUUUUCUAGUGCAGCUUGGCAGGAGAAAUCUGGCAACUAUUACUUUAAUACACGUGAUUAAAUCUCCAAAUUUAAUUUUGUGAUUUAUGAUUAACACCUUUUAAUAUUAUUAAUAUUAUAAAUAGCACUAAGGAAAAAACAAUUUAUUGGAAGGGCUACUUAAAUACUUUUUACUGCUUGUUCUGUAUUUAAAUAAGAAAAAGUUUAAAGAUUAUAAUCAUUUUGAUAUUACGGUACAGUGUCAAAGGCAGGUAAACCUGGUGAUGCCUAAGACUAGUUUGCAGUCCUGGUAUUGCAAAAUGAACUCUUUAUAUUUUCCUAUAGAUUUUUAUUUACUUUCAUCAUGAGUAGGUCCUGGUUCACAUCUGGGUGCUCCCUCCCUCUGGGAGAUUGAGUUUGCCUGAUAUAAAACUACUUUGUGUCCAGUUGUUUACUUUGGAUAAAACAGUGGGUGCUGCUGAGAAAUAAAAGAAAGUUUCAUGAUCUGAGGUUUGGAAGGCAUGGCGCUCUAUUGAACUAUAAAGAAUGUAGAUUUUAAAAAUUACUGUAUCAGAAGUGCCAUAUUGAGAAUAUGGAAUGGAUAUAUUCCAAGCUGAACUUGAAAAUGCUUUUAUGGAUCACAGCACAAGAACUUUUUUAUAGGAAAGAAACAGCAGGUUAAGAGAAACAAAUAUAUACGAUCAAUGCUGCAGAGCAACAAUAAGCACAAAAAUGGAAAGAUUCUGAAAUGCUCACAAUGGAGUAAUGGUUGGUUAACAUGAUGGAAUUGGCAGAAAUGGCACAACUAACUUUUUGCUUUGAGAAAGAUUAAUUACUCCAUUAGUGACUUGAAACUCCUUAUGGACAUUUUACUGGAAAAAAAAUGGAUGAUUUAGGGAUUUGAUUGGUACAAAGAGUAGAUUAUGGAAAGAGAAAAACUUUGAAUGCUAUUUAUUAUUUUCUUAUUAGGUCUUCUUUUUUUUCCUUCUUAUCUUUAUUUCUUUUCUACUUUUCUAUAUUUUUCUCUAUUUCUUCUGUCUUUAAUUUAAAAUUUAUAUUAUUUUAAUUGUUUGGGAAACCAUUAGAUAAACAUUUUCAGAAAAACAAAUUAGAUAAAAAAGGAAGCCCUGGGAUGAAAAAAUUAAACUGCCUAACAGUACAGUUAAAAUACUAUUUUUUUUUUACUGGAAUGACAUGUUGAUAAUUGAGAAUAGGAUACUGAAAAUUUAGUUUUUGACAUUCAUCUCUAAUUCUCCAUGCAAUUCGUUAUCAAAAAAAGGAAGCUUUCUAUAUGAACAGAAUGGAGAGUACACUUUUUUCCUAUGUUUUGUACAGAGAUACCAUGUGUUUUCUAUGUAUGUGUGUGUUUACAUAUAUUCAAUACAAAUAUAAGCUGAAAAUAUUCUGGUUUUUGGACAAAGAAUCUUUAAUUCCUGUUCAGGAAUUACAUUCCCAAGUAUUGGAAAACUUUGUGCAAAAUUUGGUUUAGAAUAAAAUGCAAACCUGAUAGCAAUUUGUGAAGGCAACAAUAUAUAAGUGGGAAUUUGACCUCCACUAUUAUUAAAUCAAAUUAUUUGCUCCAUACAAUUCAUCUAGUGAUGAUUCAACUUUUUUUAAAUAAAUUAUUUGACUUUUUUCCCCUUAAGCCAGUCAUUCUGUGUAGAACCAUUCAGACAUCUGAAAAUCUUAAGACACAUGGUUUAAAACUGUCUUUCCUAAGAAACUAUUGCCAAUAUUUUUCAAUGCAGCUAGAUGAGACUAUUUUUUCAUACAUUUUACAUAUACAGUGGUACCUUGAUACUCAACUGCUUUGAAACUCAUCAAAUUUGGUAUUCAAUGCAUUUUGACACAAAAUUUUUCUGCUGGUACUCAUUGUUUGUUUGGUACACCAUGCACAAGCUAGAACUUGGUGUUGGCUGCCUUCCUUAUGGGAAAAAACUGUUUGGUACUCACUGCUUUUGGAACUCAUUGAGUUCCGGAACCAUGAGUACUGAGUUACCACUAUAUAAGUAAAGCUAGGAUUAAUACUGAAUUUUUACAUGGGGCAUCUUUUUAUCCUUAUUUUUGCCAUUCCUUUUCACUUAUUUAUUAGAUGUAUACCCACCUUUCACUCAGAAACUCAGUGGAUGUACAGUAUUCUCUUCCCCGUUUUUCCCCAAACAACAACCUAUGAGGUAGACUAGUAAUUAAGUAACUGACCCAAAGUGACUCUGUGGGUUUUUGUAGUUAAGGAUAGACUGUUAUAGUCAUAACAUCUUUAUAAUCAUUUUGUUAAUUAUACUGCAAAAUAAAAAAAUAGCAAAAAUAACAUAAUAUGUAAUGCAUUUAAAUCCCAGUAGCAUUCGUACUUUGACAUUUUUUAAUUUUUUUCUUUGCUUUUCUUAUGGCAUUAUUUACUUUGGAAACAUCUGUCCACCUGUGCUGUUGUGAACAUAACAAUCAUAAUACAAAAAUACUCUACACCAAAUAUUUUGAGAAAUAUUCUAGCAUUAUUUUGCUAAAUACUAUAAGAUUCCUUACCAUAUGUGGUGUUGGAAAUCGAUUAUUAUAUUCAGGAUAACACAGGCAGUGUGAUAUUUAUACUAUGCUAAAUGAAAGCCAGUCAAGGCAUUAGGCUAGAAACUGUGUGGUUGUGAGUUCUCAGCUGAGUGACCUGGAGAUAGUCAUUCUCUCAGUGCUAGAAAGCACGCAAGGGCAAUUCAUUUCUGAGAUGAUGAUGAUUAGAUUUUUCUAUUCCUCCUUUUUAUUAAUAACUUUUUAUACACUAUAAAAUGUCAAGCAUAACUAAUACUCCCUCCUCCAUCCCCACAACAACCAACCCUUAUGAGGGGAUUGGGCUAGGAGAGAAAGGGUCUGGCCCAAAGUCUCCCAGCUAGCUUUUACGUUUGAGUUGAGACUAGGGCUCACUUACUCCUGCUUUCCAGGCUAUCUGUCUUCACCAUCACACCAAACUGAAAUCCUGUCAUGAAAGUUGCAGAGACUUGUUCAGGUGAAAGAUCAAGGAAUGACCAUUGACCUGAAGGCACACAAACACACAUAAGCAAAAGUAUGUGAAUCGAAUUGUGCCAACCAUGAGGAUAAUGCUAGACUAUUACAGUGGUUGUCCAGAAAUAGAUAUUCUUUCAUAAUUACUUAGGAAUGGAUAUUGUAACAUGUUUAUGUUGGUUUAUUGUACUUUAGACCCUUUUUUCUUGACUUUUUCAAGAUAUUUGCUUUGACUUACAGACAUUUUUAAUAACCUUGAAGCUUAUCAUAUUUUAGAAAUACAUAAUUUUCAUAUUUUGAUAGCAGGGCAACUUUUGUGGAUCAGUAAUUUCCUGAGCUGGUAAUUAAAACUUUGAUUAAUCUUUUACCAAUAUUUUUGAGCAAAACCUUUUUAAAUACACCAUCUUUGUUGGUGAUGGUUAAAGCGCCAGGCUAGAAGCUGGUAGACUGUAGGUUCCAGUCCAGCCUUAGGCAUAAAAGCCGGCUGGGUGACUUUAGGCUAAUCACUCUCAGGCCAACCCACCUCACAAAGUUGUUAUUGUAAGGCAAAUAGGAGGAGGAAGGUAUAGUAGGCAUGUUCAUUGCUUCGAGUUAAUAAAAUAAUAAAGGCAGAAUAGAAAUCUAAUAAAUACAUAAUCUUUUUCUAUAUGCAAAAUUUGUUUUAUAUUUACAUUAUCAUUCAGUAUUGGAGGGAAAGGACAAAAGAAACAAUGUUUCCAAAUAAAUAUACUAUAUAUUUGAAAAGAAGAAAUACAGUAUAAUAAUAGAGACAGAUAAUUGUUUUUUGUUUGUAAUUGCUCAGAGGGGAAGGGUUAUAAAUUGCAGUAAUUUUAGUUUAUGCAAAUUAAUAUCUAAUAUAUGCAAUUAAAUAUCUAAUUAAUGUAUAACUGAUUUAUACAUUGAUUCACUAAUUAUAUUACUUAAUAUUCUAAUUACUUUCUAACAUAUGCAAUUAAUUUUCAUUAUUGCAUCAAGAAUGUAGAAAAAUUGUUCUGAAAGAACUGCAAUUCAGGUAGGUUCAUAGCAAAUAUAUAAAGCCCUUUUAAUUUUUAUUUCUUCCUGAAAUAGUCAUUUGAAAUGUUUAUAUAGCACUCAGCUCAAAUGAUUGCACAAAUUUAUUAGGCUCAGUUGUAAUGACUGAUUUUGUGUCCAAAAUUUGUUUUGUUACACAUUAUUGUUUGAAACUGCAAACCAGUGAAUCAGACGUAAUUCAUAGUACUCUUUGACAGUCAGUCCUGGGCUAUUUGUAUACUGGAACACUACACUGACCUUUUUGCUCUUUGGAAGAAAGUUCCACUGGGGCUUUUGGAUGUGGGCAACAAAAAUACAGACAACCAUUACAUGGCAACAGAGUGUUAAAGUAAGUUUCUUUCUGCCCUCUAGUGCAGCUGUUACCAACUGGUGGUCUAAUAAAAAAUAAUUUGCAUUUUUUAUAUUGCACUAAAUCAGGGGUCCUCAAACUACAGCCCCUGGGACGGAUACGUGCAGUGAACGUUUGUGUUGCUGCAGACAGUCUCCCUUUAGGGUCUUUUUGUGUGGUUUGGGGGGGGGGGAGAGAAAUUCCAACUUCAGCCUCCUGGUGUGGGGCUUUGAGCGAAGGCUGGAGGGAAGUGGCGAAGAGCCAGAGGGCCUUGUUCCAGUGGGACUGCAUCAUGGCCUGGAACUGGCUAACCAUCUCAGCCUGCUGAGCCUCCAGGCGCCGGUACCUGGCCUUGCACUCUCGCAGGUCUUCCCUCUGCUUGGAAAGCCUAUGCUUCAGUGGUGGGUUUCAAAAUUUUAUACUACCGGUUCUGUAGGUGUGGCUUGGUGGGUGUGGCAUGGCUUGGUAGGCAUGGCAGGGGAAGGCUACUGUAAAAUCUUCAUUCCCACCCCACUCCAGGGGAAGGUUACUGCAAAAUCCCCAUUUCUUCCUGUAAGCUGGGACUUGGGAGGCAGAGAAUAGAUGGGGGCGGGGCCAGUCAGAAUUUUUACUACCGGUUCUCCGAACUACUCAAAAUUUCCAUUAACUGUUCUCCAGAACUGGUCAGAACCUGCUGAAACCUGCUAUGCUUGUAGUCCUCAGUGAGGUGCUUCUACUGAGUCUCCUUCUCGGUCAGAUCCAAUUUGAACUGAAUCAGCUGUUUUGCCAACUCUUUCUCAUGGUGGCUGCUUAGCUCCAACAACUGCUUCCUAUUGGACCCUAAUGUCCUGCGGAGCUGGCAGUGGAGUCCAACAGUGAGGAGGCUGGGGAGGACAAUGGGCCAGUCCUGGAGUCAGGGGAAGGCCCGGACAAGAGCUCUGGUCAGAGGCAGAAAUGGGGCCAAGCCAUCUGGGAGCGAUGUGCAGACUCCGGAGCCUCCAGAGGUGGACAGCAGAGAGGUAGAGGAACAGGAGGAGCCUGUUCCUAAUGCACGCAUGCAAAGAGCUGCCAGAAGGCAAGAGCAGCUAACGCAAAAAUGACGAGUUGGGAGUAAGGCCAGAUGAUUGGCCCCUCCCAUAAAGCUUAAAAGAGCAGCAAUGGCUCUUGGGUUCUUUGUAGGAAAGCAAUGUUGCUACACUUGUUUCUUAUCUCCUGUUUCUGAACUUCCUGGGAUUCUUGCCAAGAAAAGCCUUUGGCAGGGUGCCAAAGAAGACAAAGGUUUGUGAUAAGGCUGAAGGACUUUAUUUUGGACUUAAUUUGGACUAAGCUGAGAAUGAAGUAAUUCUCAGCUGUUCUAAUAAAACAUGUUUGUUUAGGACUGAUUGUGUCUGGUAAUAACUACUUGGGCCUAGGUCACAAUACCUAAGGAGCCUGGGCAGGGAGGCAAGGAGUGGCUGGGAGGGGAGGGGUGAGUAGAGGCUGGCGAGGCACUCCUUGACAUGAGUAUUGAGUUGGCCAUGCCUACCCAGUCACAUGACCAUCUAGCCACGCCCACCCAGCCGUUCAUCAUCAUAUUAGUGGUCCGCAGGAUUUAAAAUUAUGAAUUUAGUGGUCCCUGAGGUCCGAAAGGUUGGUGACCCCUACUUUAAUGGUCAUUGGGAGUUUUGCAGACCAGAUCCAAGUAAAUAUAGAGAUUAUGUGUGAGGGUUAUAUGAUGUCCUAUUAUGCCAAUAUUCACUUAUCAAAUUUAUAUGUGACCUGAUCAAGUUGAUAUUUAAAAUAUGCAUUUGGUUGGGAAAGGAGGAGAGAAAUAUGACCAUUAUUGCAUUGUUUUAGUUAAUGUUUUGUAAAAUUGUUACAAUGCUAUCAUUAAAAUUUGAAAUUGUAAAUGUUAAUAUGCUGAUGUCUCACUUGCUGAGAAAUUCUCUUUGGUAUGAUAUUCCCUCCCCAAUUUCUUCUAUGAUUAUUCGGAUCACAUAUAAUACAUUUUAGGUGGUCUUUUAAUUUUUAUAAGUUGAUGGUGUAACACUGUUAAUUUUUUGGAGUAAAAUAUAGGUAAAGAUUGUGCAAGAUUUUUUUUUACAAGUCUGUAUUUUCUCUAGUCUGGCAUUAUUAUCUUUAGCAAUUAUAUUUUACAAACAUUUCCCUAACUGCUUCCUAAAUUUCCAGUAUUGUAGCCUGGAAGAGAGAGAUCUUUUUCAGCAAAUUUAUUUGAGUGUUUUUAUGCUCUUAAAACAGUUUUUGUUUUUUUUAAUUAGGGAGAAGGAGUUCAGUAGGCGAGGCUCAAAAUACAUUUUCCGUUCAAAAGUCACUGUUUUAAGUUUGACUUUUCCCCUCAAAGACACUGCUGACCUACAGUACUUUCACAAAGUGAUAUCUGUCCACCUCAUUUGCACUUGCAGAGCCUGCAAGAAAUCAUGGAACACAUUCCAUGGCAGUUGUGGGACAGGUGGUAUGCAUAAGCAUUUAAAAAAAAGGGAUUGCAGUCAAUAGAAGUUGAAUAAAUAUGUUUAAGAGGAGAUUUUUCUGAAAUGUUACAUGGUGUGCCUGUGUGUGUGAGAAGACUUAAAGCGAAGUUGAACAGUCCUGCCGUUUCCUCUAUGUUCAGACUGUGAGUAAUAUAUAAUAAAAUAAUUGCUUACAUUUUUAUUCUCAUUUUUCUUUACAUUAAAUUUUUACUAAAAGUCUACAAAAGGGCCGUAAUAGCUCAGGCUGUUAGAAGCCUGUUAUUAGAACACAGCAGCCUGCAAUUACUGCAGGUUCAAGCCCGGCCCGAGGUUGACUCAGCCUUCCAUCCUUUAUAAGGUAGGUAAAAUGAGGACCCAGAUUGUUGGGGGGGCAAUAAGUUGACUUUGUAAAUAUACAAAUAGAAUGAGACUAUUACCUUAUAUACUGUAAGCUGCCCUGAGUCUUCAGAGAAGGGCAGGAUAUAAAUGUAAAUAAAUAAAUUAAAAAAAAACACAUUUGUGUACUGAAAUGUGCAAUAAAACGAUGCAUUUACAAUUAGUACCUAACUUCCUCUUCCUGUGUGUGGUCUGCUUUAAAUAUAAAUAUUCUUUGCUGCUUGCUGCUAAUUUCCAAAUUUCAAAUUAAAGCAUUGUGCUUGUCUUUUUUUAUAGUGCUCUUUUAAUAGUUGCAUGAUUUGUCUAUUUGAAAUUGCUGUUUGGGACAGACUGAAGUUGGUGCCUUCAAUGGUCCUGUGGAAGAUGCUUUGAAGAACUUAUUUCAUCGUAGCUGUCUCCAUGCAGCAGUGUUUUAUGUGGCAUCCAUUUGCUGCAUGAGUUGAUGCUUUCCUCUGUAUAAUUUCUGAAAUGACUGUUUAUAGCCCUGUCAAGACAGUGGGAAAUCCUUCUAUAUAGAAUUCAGCACAGGACUGACUGAUUAUGAUGAGGCCUGUUGGUAAAUAAUGAAAGGAUACUUCUCUGUGACUGAUAUUGUAUUUGCCAGUCCUUAAUUGUAACCAGAUGCAUAUUCACCUGAGUGAAGUAUGGUAAUUUUCUUUUCAGUUCCCAUGAAGGAAAGAUUCUUCUUUGACUAGCUCCAUGGUCUUUGAAUUGCAAACUCUGAGAAUCUUUGGUUACAAAGCAGCUUCUCAAAGCACAGUAGAAUGGCUUUCUGAGCCUCUAUUUGAGAAAAUCUGGAGAACAGAUGAAGGGCCAUAAGAGAAGAAGGCAAUGGUCUAUAUUUUCACAAAGAUUGAGAAAACUGAGUGUGACAAUUUGGGAAGUACACCCCAAAAGCACAGUGCCAGGAACCACUAAAGCAGUGCCAAAAGACUUAAAACAACCCUUCCUCCUUUAAGAAAUUCAAACCCCAAAGCAAAAGACCAGCUGAAAGGAAAACUCAGAGCAGCCAAAAGCCAUUAACUGCUGUUUCAAAAGUAACAAAGCUGACCACAGAAACUCUUAAGUAGAGCAAUAAAGGUAAGUGGGGACCAGGCUAAAAAUAACUCACCAAGGCAAAAACUAGGACUCCGUUUUCCUGGCCCCUGACAGAAUUAACCCCUAGGAUAGGAAAGACAAAGGUCCUGGGACCAGGAUUAACCCAUUAAGGCAGGAAGACAAAAACUCAGGGCAAUCACUUCAACUAGAGGCACACCAAAACCCAUCAAACUACAGAAGCUUCAAAGGGGAAAUAGGUAUAAAAAACCACAGACACAGAAUCCCAGACUGCUUGCUAGCCAGGAACUCUUGAGCUGCGUCACUACUUUCUCUUGCCUUCCUGAAUUAAAGAGUUCCACUUUCUGGCAGCUUGCUUCAGUGUCAAUUUCUUCUCAGCGCGGGUGACUGCUUCCCAGCUGGGGAAUGAACCAGGAGAUUUCUUCCAACAACAGGUUGUGACUGGCUGAAGUGGUUGCAGGAUUUCCAGGAAUGAUCUGUUACUAGAUAAUUACCAGAAUUUUAUGCAAAAAUUUAGAGCUGCAUUUGACAAUCUGACUUGGAGAUAUUUACAAGCGGCAGAGCAACCACAGAAUUUAUGAGUAGAUAUCAGAUUUUCAAUUAUAUGCUAGAGAUGAUGGAUGGAUGGAUGGAUGGAUGGAUGGAUGGAUAGAUAGAUAGAUAGAUAGAUAGAUAGAUAGAUAGAUAGAUAGAUAGAUAGAUAGAUAGAUAGAUAGAUAAUAGGUAGAGAGAGCCUUUGAGUUACUAAUUUCUAGGUUCUAUCAUAUCGCAAGAUCUCAAAUGGACAGCUAACAUCAAAAACAUCAUUAAAAAAGGACAACAAAGAAUGUUCUUUCUGCGCCAACUCAGUAAGCUCAAACUGCCCAAGGAGCUGCUGAUCCAAUUCUACAGAGGAAUUAUUGAGUCUGUCAUUUGCACCUCUAUAACUGUCUGGUUCGGUUCUGCAACCCAACAAGAAAAACACAGACUUCAGAGGAUAAUUAGAACUGCAGAAAAAAUAAUGGCUACCAACCUGCCUUCCAUUGAGGACCUGUAUACUGCACGAAUCAAGAAGAGGGCUGUGAAAAUAAUUGCAGAUCACUCGCAUCCUGGACAUAAACUGUUUCAACUCCUACCCUCAAAACGACGCUAUAGAGCACUGCACACCAGAACACAAGAACAGUUUUUUCCCGAAGGCCAUCACUCUGCUAAACAAAUAAUUCCAUCAACACUGUCAAACUAUUUACUGAAUCUGCACUACUAUUAAUCGUUUCAUAGUUCCCAUCACCAAUCUCUUUCCACUUAUGACUGUAUGAUUAUAACUUGUUGCUGGCAAUCCUUAUGAUUUAUAUUGAUAUAUUGACCAUCAAUUGUGUUGUAAAUGUUGUACCUUGAUGAACGUAUCUUUUCUUUUAUGUACACUGAGAGCAUAUGCACCAAGACAAAUUCCUUGUGUGUCCAAUCACACUUGGCCAAUAAAAUUCUAUUCUAUUCUAAUUCUAAUUUCUGAUGACUACCAGGUUAAGUAACUUAGCAAGAUUUCAGAAAUAGUUUGCCACUGCCAUCUUCUUAGGGCUAAGAGACUGUGACUGGCUGAAGGUUGCCAACUGUCUUUGUGCCUAAUGCAGAACUUACAAUCUCCCAGUUUCUAGCUUGAUGCAACCAUUACCAAGGUGGCUCUACAAUAAUAAUAAAUAUCAUAGCGGUACUUUAGCCCAUGUUUAAUAGCUAUCUUGUUCAGUGACCAUUUACAGCUUUAGUGAUGAAAAAGUGAAUUCUUCCAUUUACAACUUUCACAGUUCUAGAAAGCAAAGAAAAGCUGAGGAAAGACCAUUACUACAGUUUCCAUUUCAUUUAGCAACCAUUUCGCUUAAUGACCAAGUUGCCAGUCCCAGUUAUGGUUUCCUCAGACCCUGAUGCCAAAAACACAUGCAAAAUGGAGUGGUAAAAACCCCUUUGUACUCGGGAGAGAAACAGGAAAUACCCUUCAUUGAUGUUUCUGCUAUGGAACCUUGGGACUGACUUGAACAGUUAAAGGAGAAAGUCCUUGGGUCAUGCUGUGCUUGUGGAAGCAGCUAUAUUACCCCUUAAUUUAAUGGGCAGUAUACCAUCAACCAGAAGCCAGGAUCCCAGUUCACAAUCAGGAGACCAUACUGCAUCAAAAGAAUUAGCCACUUUAAAAAGAGUUUCUGGGCUGAUUUAUGGUUAUGAUGAUCAGUCAGAUUAUAGAAAGAAAAAAAAAAACUACACAGAGAGAGGUUAAAAUACAUUUAUACAUAUAGCUGCUGUGAAGAAUAUCGAAAGCCAUUUAUUUUUUCUUUUUCUUUUAUGUCUUUUAUCUUUUUCCUUCUUUAUAUAAGUUGUGUUAGUUUUUAUCUUUUUGUUUAAAGGUUAUAAUGAUAUAUAUAUGGGAGAGCUGUAUGGCAGAUUGAUUACAGCAUUGAUCCUUGACCCAGGUUCAAAUCCUGAUUGGUGCCCACCUUACCAGUAAGGGUCUUUGGUCAGAGCACUUCACCUGCCUGCCUCAGAUAUGAGACUGACAUGAAGUAAGAGAAUCAGGCCGACUUGGAUAUCAUCAGGAAUACGAAGGUCCACCACCAAGACAAUCUAAUGAUAAGUGGGCUAAUGGAAGAAACCAUACACGAUGAGACAAGAACAUUUGGAAUUGAUGCAAUGCUUUUACAACAGCAGACCUAAUGAGAAGGGAUAUAUGUAGCAUAUGAGGGAACUAUAAAUGGACAGAAGUCCCACUUUUUAAAAAAUUCUUCCACCCCACACAAAUGCACUCAUUUGUCAAGGAGGAAAUUAAUGCCCAGCUGCAAAAUGCAAUUUUAUUGGUAGAGGUUGUGCAGUCAGGCAAGAUCGUGGGGCUGCAUAAUGAGGAUAAUGGGUAAUAAUUGAGGCAGAAACCGAAAUGAGGAAGAUUCAUUGCCAAAAUACAGAAACAGAGCUUUACAUUGUGCAGAUGCAGAGCAGAAACAACAUACGUGGCAUCAGCAGGUUCUCAUGACCGGAAGAACGCAGUAUGGGAUUUUGACCUCAUAGCUUGGAUGCAACUGGCAAAAUGUUUGCAUUGCACAGAAUGAGAAGUAGCUGAAGUUUCUCCUUGGCUUUAAUAAAGGAGUCAUGAAAUCUAUGAAUUUCCCACGAGAAAAAGGCAAUACCUUCACCACUUGUGGGUCUUCCCCGUCUUCCUCUACUUCUGUUAAUGGCUUUGAUUGCAAUGGACUCCUGUUCAUCUUUCUUGGACUUGCAGUGUUUGUCUCCUCUUGCCUGGCGGCAGCAUCUCUUUACUAUGUUGUUGCACUAAAAACAGAACUAGCAGUCCUCACUAGCAAGCUGAACGGCAGGAUUCAGGCAAGCAAUUCACUUCCACAGCUUGUUGAGCCCUUGGGAGAAACCAAGGCAGCCAGUCCCUUCAUUCCAUACUGGAAGAUGGCCAAUGCAGUUUCCAGCCAGGGAAUUGUUUUGAGAUCACAUCAAGGAAACCGAAACAUAAUGUGGACUGGAGACAAACAUAGGGGGAAAAGAUCCCCCUCUCAGAGAGGAGAAACAGUAUUACAGUCAUGUCUGCAAUUGAUGGCUGACAGCAAAAGUGCCAUUCAGCAACAUGAUGACUCAAGUAUAGUUCCCUGGCUUCUUAGCUUUAAAAGAGGAACAGCUCUAGAAGAACAUGGAAAUAAAAUACUGGUCAGAGAAACUGGCUACUUCUUCAUAUAUGGUCAGGUUUUAUAUACAGAUGAAAUGUUUGUAAUGGGACAUUUGAUUCAGAGGAAAAAAGCCCACGUCGUUGGAGAUGAUCUCAGUCUGGUUACAUUAUUUCGUUGCCUGCAAAACAUGCCUGAAACCUCUCCUAACAAUUCUUGUUAUACCGCUGGUGUUGCAAAAUUAGAAGAAGGAGAUGAACUUCAGCUUACCAUACCACGGACAAGUGCAAAAAUAGUCUUGAAUGGAGAUGUCACAUUUUUUGGUGCAGUCAGACUUUUGUGAAAGUCUUUUUGAUGUUAUCAAUUGCC